AUGUCCAGUUUCUGUGUAUUGUUAGCAUCGUUUUUAAUAAAUAACUGUUUUAACAAGGUUGUAAUAUGCAUUGGCUACACAAAUAACUGCUUUAACAAGGUUGUAAUAUGCAUUGGCUACACAAAUAACUGUUUUAACAAGGCUGUAAUAUUCACUCAUUACAUAAAUAACUGUUUUAACAAGGUUUUAAUAUGCAUUGGCUACAUAAAUAACUGCUUUAACAAGGCUGUAAUAUGCACUCAUUACAUAAAUAACUGUUCUAACAAGGUUUUAAUAUGCAUUGGCUACAUAAAUAACUGUUUUAACAAGGUUUUAAUAUGCAUUGGCUACAUAAAUAACUGUUUUAACAAUGUUUUAAUAUGCAUUGGCUACAUAAAUAACUGUUUUAACAAGGUUGUAAUAUGCAUUGGCUACAUAAAUAACUGUUUUAACAAUGUUUUAAUAUGCAUUGGCUACAUAAAUAACUGUUUUAACAAGGUUGUAAUAUUCACUGGUUACAUAAAUAACUGUUUUAACAAGGUUGUAAUAUGCAUUGGCUACAUAAAUAACUGUUUUAACAAGGCUGUAAUAUGCAUUGGCUACAUAAAUAACUGUUUUAACAAGGCUGUAAUAUUCACUCGUUACACAAAUAACUGCUUUAACAAGGUUGUGAUAUGCAUUGGCUACAUAAAAAACUGUUUUAACAAGGCUGUAAUAUGCAUUGGCUACAUAAAUAACUGUUUUAACAAGGCUGUAAUAUUCACUCGUUACAUAAGUAACUGUUUUAACAAGGUUGUGAUAUGCAUUGGCUACAUAAAUAACUGUUUUAACAAGGUUGUAAUAUGCACUGGCUACAUAAAUAACUGUUUUAACAAGGUUGUGAUAUGCAUUGGCUACAUAACUAACUGUUUUAACAAGGUUGUAAUAUGCACUGGCUACAUAAAUAACUGUUUUAACAAGAUUGUGAUAUGCACUGGCUACACAAGUAACUGUUUUAACAAGAUUGUGAGAUGCACUGGCUACAUAUUAGUGAAUCCAAAACAAAGGGCUGUGAAUCAUACAUUAUAAGUUUUUUAGAGAGACGUUCUUAUUUAGAAAAUAAGGAGUAGUUAUCUGAUUUUUGUCAAGAAAUCUUUGUUGACCAUAUCUUAAUCUCUACGUGAUAUAUAAGUCAAUCUCUAACUUUGGGUCAAAGAAAAUUUUCUUUUCUUCAGAAUCUGCAAAAAAAUGAAUAAUUAGUAUAUCUGACAGUGAGAG